GUGAAUUUGGUUUUCGCUAGAAAUAGAUCAAACAGACGGGAAGAAAUGAAGAAGACACAUCGAUGAAUCAAAAAAAAAAAAAAAGAAGACACAUCAACUAUACCCUCUGCCCCUCAACAGAAAACCGUUAAAUAAUACCUUAAUUAGACACUCAUCCUCUGAUAUCUCUCCCUCUUAAUCAAAAUAAACGCUUGCGUUUGUUCCUCUCUUUCAUUUCCUUCGCUCUUCUUCUCCCUCCUCUCUCAGCUGAUACUUUCCGAGGAGGGAUUCUUUGUUCUUUUGUGACUCUGUAGCUAAUCGGAAUCUUCGCCGGCCAAGGGGGAAAAAACAAAAUACAAACCGCGGGGAAACCCUACACACGAUCUGAUGACAGUUUUUCUUUCUCCAGAUAUAUCGUUGAGCUCUUUUGAGAAUUUCAUAUGAAGAACGCUGCUUCAGGGGAGUUGGAUGCUUUCUACGCAACUAGACCCGAAUGUCAAGGAGACGUCCCAAAGACCCGAUUUAAGCCCAAGUCUGGUAAAACUCUGAGUGCAAGAAAGUGGCAUUCUGCGUUCUCACAAGAUGGUCGUUUGGACAUAGCAAAGGUUCUUAGCCGGAUCCAACGUGGGGGAAUUCAUCCAUCAAUAAAAGGUGUGGUCUGGGAGUUCUUAUUGGGUUGCUUUAAUCCUGAUAGCACCUUUGAUGAACGGAGUGAACUCAGGCAAUGUCGUAGGGAACAAUAUGGAACAUGGAAGGCUGAGUGCCAAAAGAUGGUACCGACCAUUGGUAGUGGGAAGAUUAUUACAGCACCUAUCAUAACUGAAGAUGGACAGCCAAUCCAGGACCCUUCAAGUAAUGGUGAAUUACAAGAUAAUGGAGCUGUGACAAGUAUUACUCCUGAUGCUCCUAUGGAAAAUGGGGAACCUGCAGUUGAUGCUGCUUUGGAAAAGAGAGUGAUUCAAUGGAAGCUUAAUUUGCAUCAAAUUGGUUUGGACGUUCUUCGCACUGACCGAUCACUUGUCUUCUAUGAAAGUGAAGCUAAUCUAGCGAAGCUAUGGGAUAUUCUUGCAGUUUAUGCAUGGAUAGACAAUGAUGUCGGCUACGUUCAGGGAAUGAAUGAUUUUUGCUCUCCCAUGGUAAUUCUUCUAGAAAAUGAAGCAGAUGCCUUUUGGUGCUUUGAACAUGUAAUGCGGAGAAUGCGUGCAAACUUCAGGACCACAACAAGUUCAAUUGGUGUCCAAUCACAACUGUGCACGCUUUCAGCAGUAAUUAAAGUUGUUGAUCCAAAGCUUCACCAACACCUAGAGAAUCUAGAUGGAGGGGAAUAUUUAUUUGCAUUCCGCAUGCUAAUGGUACUUUUCCGAAGAGAGUUCUCAUUUGUGGAUUCAAUGUACCUUUGGGAGUUGAUCUGGGCCAUGGAGUAUAAUCCAAACAUCUUCUCCUUGUAUGAAGAUCCAAAUACAGCUACAGAGAGUAUUGCAACCAAAGGAAAUGACAAGCUGCUAAAGAAGUAUGGGAAAUUUGAGAGGAAAAAUAUAAAGACUGGAAUAGCAGACCAACAACAUACUGCUUUAUCUGUUUUUCUUGUUGCGGGUGUCCUCGAGGCCAAGCAUAAACGUCUGCUGAAAGAGGCAAAGGGUGUGGAUGAUGUUGUCAAGAUUUUGAAUGACACAACUGAAAAAUUAGACGCAAAGAAGGCAUGCCUUGAUGCUUUGAAGAUUCAAAAAAAGUACUUGAGCAAGACUAAGAAACAAUAAAUGGUUAUUGGUGUGAUGAAACAUUGGCAAACAGAGUAUCUCACCAAGAAUUUUAUUGUAAAGAUUCUCCUUGGCCGUAGUGAUCCAAUAGUUGAAUUCUCCUUUUAUUCUUUAUUUCUUUUUUUUUUUCCUUCUGUUGACUUCUUGUAUGAUGUGGCAUCUUUGUAAUAUUAAAGAGAACAGAAUUUGUAGAAUAGAGUUUUUGGCACAAGUUGUUGCUUUCAUUACUGUUUAUGCUCAAAGUGUCUACAAGAUUCUUCUUUUCUUAUUUAAUUUUAGCAAAUCUUGUAGGUAAUGAAUGCUUGCCCUGUAACAAUGAUUACCAAUUGCCGUAUUAACGCUA